UUGCUUGGCAGAAGAUAAAACGAUUUAAAAAUCUCAGAUUUACACUGAAGGAGAGAGCCGUGUGUGCCAAACACAUGCUGUAGAACGCCUCUUUUUAUUUAUUUCACAGAAACUCAUCGAUAAGACUUGAAAAUCAUCCUCAGCAAGCCGGUAUCAAAUUGGUCACCUAUAAACGUGAUAAGAAGGGAUAAACGUGAACCUUUGUGCCACAUCAGAUCAUCGGUCAUGAUUUCAGCGUCGCUGACCAAAGAGAGUCACUCCAUCCCUCUGAGUGACGGCAACCGAAUGCCCAUCAUCGGUCUGGGGACGUACGGAGACCCCCGUAAGACUCCUAAAGGAACAGCAUAUCAGUCUGUGAAACGGGCCAUAGACGUGGGAUACAGACACUUUGAUGGUGCUCUGGUUUACUACAAUGAACAUGAGGUGGGACAGGCCAUCAGAGAGAAGAUAGCUGAUGGAACUGUGACAAGAGAAGAGAUCUUCUACUGCGGAAAGUUAUGGUGCACGUUUCACCCCCCCGAGCUGGUGAGACCUGCGUUAGAACGAACACUCAAGACUUUAGGACUGGACUAUGUGGAUCUGUACAUCAUUGAGUUUCCCGUCGCAUUUAAACCGGGAGACGUGUUUUACCCCAAAGAUGAGAACGGGAAGUACAUCUUUUACCAGAAUGAUCUGCGCGCCACAUGGGAGGCAUUAGAAGCCUGUAAGGACGCAGGGUUGACCAAAUCUCUGGGCGUUUCAAACUUCAACCGCAGACAACUGGAGCUCAUUCUGAACAAGCCGGGACUGAAGCACAAACCCGUUUCCAACCAGGUAGAAUGUCAUCCAUAUUUCACCCAGCCCAAACUCCUGGAGUUCUGUCGGCAGAAUGACAUCACGGUAGUGGGAUACAGUCCGCUCGGGACGUCCCGAGAUGCAUCAUGGGUGAAUCUGAAAUGUCCUCCGCUGCUAGAAGAUCCACUCCUGGUCUCCAUCGGCAAGAAAUACAAGAAAACUACUGCUCACGUGGCCCUCAGGUUCAACGCUCAGAGAGGAGUCGCCGUGAUACCCAAAAGCUUCAGUUCUGAGCGGAUCACAGAAAACUUUCAGAUAUUUGAUUUCUCUCUCACAGAGGAGGAAUCCAGUGCCAUUGAAAAGCUGAACAAAGAUGUUCGUUUCGUGGAACUACUGAUGUGGUGUGACCACCCAGAGUAUCCAUUUCAUGAUGAAUAUUAAAAUGAGACGUGACGUCGGAGCCGAUAGUCUUGUAGGCAGUGCUCCGACAUGUGGCGCGGUUGCGCAUCGGGCGACCCGAGUUCAAUUCCCAUCUCCUGGUCCUUUCUCGAACCCACCACCUUCUCUAUCCCAUAUCACUUCCUGUCCUCUCUACGACUCCGCUGUACAAUUAAAGGCAAAACGGCAAAAAUAAAUCUUUAAAAAAUUAAAGAUACAAUUUAUAAAAUCUGAUAAAAUAAUUUUACCGUGACCGUAAAAAUAUCUUUGAAAUCAAAAUUCAGUCGGGAGGUGUUGUUGGUCAAAAUAUCUUCUUUUGUGUUGUGCAGAAGAAAGACAAUCAUGACAUGAGGGUGAAUAAAUGAUGAAACCCUU